UCUGACUAACUACACAAACACAAAGGCUAGCAGAGUGCUCAACCAGGCAACAGACUGCGCUCAUGAAGAAGCCGUAGGUAGCUUGGCAGUUCUGAAUUAGCAUGGCAGGCCAGCAGCCUCUGCCCGAGUCAGACAGCGCCGGGGCCAGAGACAACCUUUCUGCCACCUUGGACCAUCUCUCUCUGAAUGUGGUGCCCAUCCAACCCAUCCGUCCUCUGAACCCUUUAGAUGGCCACGUGUCGGUCUCUGAAAGGAAUAAGACCGGGGUUAGCCUCCUGUUCUCUGGAAUAUUCUUGGGACUAGUAGGCCUGGCGUUGACAUCCAUGGGCUGUCUCAAGUACAGUUACAGUAAAAGCUUUGAGUCGACCCAGCUGCUCGGUCCCGUCCUGCUAUCUGUUGGAGGAACCUUCUUCUUCAUCAGCGUCUGUAAGUUUAGGAUGCUCUCCUGCCAGGUGUUGAAGCAGAGGGACAGUGAUGAAGAGCUGUCCGAGUCACUGGACAUCCCAGUAUCUAGGGCUGGUCAAUCAUUUGUAUUCAACGGGAUCAAUCAGCCAAUCAUGUUCCACACACCCACGGUGAUGCAGUAUAUUCCGACUCCAUACGGAUCAGUGACACAGGUAAUAGAUUCAACCAAUGGAGUCCCCAGAGAUCUGCCUCCUCACUACUACAACGUGUGCCAGAUGGGUAACGCAGCAUUUACUGGGGACGACAGCCGCCCUGCAAACACAAGACUAACAGGGAGUUUAGAGAACCCAGACGAUGGAAAAGGAUCUGAAGAGGAUUGUUCUGCUGAGCCUAGUUCACCUCCUCCAGCAUACAGAACCAUCUACCCAUCUCUGCCUGGCAUUUUAGAAGAUUUCCCUGUCCCAAUGGAGGUCCGACCAGAGGAACAUGCAAUAAUCCGGCCCAGUCGUCCAGGCUCAGCGGGCCUCAGAGCUGCAACUCUCGGGUCCCGGGACUCCACGGCCUUUCAUCUCAAUCGGAGCCAGGAGAGUUGCUGAUCGCAGCAACCCAUCCUACCAAGUACCCACGUCAAGCCA